AUGGAAGACUUGAGGAAUUACAAAGUGGAUGUUAUGGAUGGAGACUCCAUGAACGUGCUCGGCUACACCAUAUUAGGAAUGCCACCUCCAUCAAGUGGAUUACUUGGGCUUUCUCUGGUUCUAAACAUCUUGGAUAGCUAUGGGAGUUCCCAAUCUGCGAAGGGAUCUCAGGGUUUACAUCGCUUAAUUGAAGCAUUAAAAUUUAUAUUUGCUGUCCGGAUGAACCUGGGUGACCCCGACUUUGUAAAUAUUAGUAAGACCAUGUCUGACAUGUUUUCCCCUCGUUUUGCCAAGAAACUUCAUCAGAAGAUAUUCGACGACACCACUUUUCCUCCUGAAUACUAUAUGUACAGGUGGAGUCAGCUUAGAGAUCAUGGAACCAGCCAUUUAUGUGUUGUGGAUGCAAAUCGAAAUGCUGUAUCAAUGACAACCACUGUAAACUAUGAUUUUGGAGCUGGGUGCUCUCUUCUUCCACUGGUAUUGUGCUCAACAAUGAAAUGGAGACCCUUAUCUUCCAUGACGCCUAUCAUUGUUCUCAAGGAUGAUCAAUUGGUUGGGGUCAUUGGCGGUAGUGGUGGUUUAUACAUAAUUCCAGCAGUGGUCCAGGUUUUUCUCAACCAUUUUAUCUUUGGAAUGGAACCUUUAGCUGCUGUUCAGAGUCCAAGAGUCUACCACGAGCUUAUACCUAAUGUGGUUACGUACGAGAACUGGACCGUGUUUGAUGGUGAGCAUAUAGAGCUCUCCAACAAGAAAAAACAGUUCUUGGAAGAGAGGGGUCAUCAACCGGAGGCUAGAGCAGGGGGAGCUAUCUGCCAGCUUCUUGUUCAAAACCUUCAAAAUCUGAUUGAUAUGGGCCGGAAAAAUGGGAAAGUGGGUAAAGACGAGGUAUUCCGAGGAACACUUACUGCCGUUAGUGAUCCUAGGAAAGAUGGGAGGCCUGCGGCUCUGAUACUGUAG